AUGUUUGACGAAUAAAUAUUGGGAUCUGUAGUAGAUACUAAUGAGCAUAUUAUUUAGAAAGAUUAAACAGAAUUGUAUUACUUUGGUUGCGAGCAGUAUAAGCCAAAUGUUAUUAAUGAACCUGUUCCAGAUACAUCCUUUGUAUUAAAAAGAGUAGACUUUUCACAAAAUCUUAAUCGAAACGGAUCGAUGACGGUUUCUACAAAGAAUUUAAAUUAAAAGAAAUAAAUAAAAACAAAUAUUAGAUCUAUAUAUUCAGGUUAAGGAUACACAUUAGCAUUAGAUGAUAAAUAGUAAAUUUGGGGAUUCGGAAACAGUAUUGAUGGAUAGUUAGCGGUCUAAUAGUCUAAUUUAUGUUAAAAAUAGCCUAUAAACAUCACUAAAUUUUUUCCUUUAUUUUAAGGACAUAAAUUGAAAUUUAGUAUGAUAAGUUGUGGUGAAAAUUAUUGCUUUGCACUAGGAAAUAACCAAAAGCUUUAUGGUUGGGGAAAUAAUAUACAGCUUAAGCUUGGUAUUGAGACAGGAACCAAGCAUUUUGUACCUCCAACAGACUUAACCACAGAAAUAAUUAAUUAAAAUUUAGAUAGCAUAGCUAAUGAAUUAAUAUAGGAAAAUGCAUAGUAUUAAAAACCUUAAGUUGAUAAUAAACCAUAGACACCUUAGUCAGUUUAGUUAAAUAGAAGAAAGCCUAGUCAAAAAAUUUAAAUCAAUUAUGAAAUAUAGUAAAUCAUAGCUGGGAGAAGCCACUCAUACGUAAUAGCAAAUAACAGAGUAAUAGCAUUUGGGUAUGAUCAUAAAGGAAAAAUGGGUAUUGGAUAACUGGAAGACUCUUUAGUUUCUCCAACAAUAAUUCAAUUAUUUGAUAAAAGCAUUAAAAUAUCUGGAAUAAGUAUUGGAAGGACACACACAGUAGCAUGGGAUACCUAAGGAUCGAUAUAUACAUGGGGAGAUGCAAUAGAUGGAAAAUUAGGUCAUCCUAUUGAGUUUGGUAGUAAAUUUUCUACAAUCUAAACAACUCCAAAAAAGGUUAUGUAGUUAAAAAAUGAAAUUGUUGUUUAAGCAAGUUGUGGAAAUAAUAUAACUCUUGCUUUAACUUAUAGAGGAGAAAUUUAUUAAUGGGGCAAAGGAGAGUAUUCUUCUAAUUGCAAUCCUAGCUUAAUACCAAAUAUUAUGGAGGCAAUUAACCCUAAAAAGCUUGUUGUUUCUGACGGUGAUAUUCAAAAUACAAAGUUUGUAAAAGUUGUCUGUGGAUACACUCAUUAAGCUGCACUUGAUCAGUUUGGAAGACUAUACACUUGGGGAGACAUGACAGAUGAAUGCUUAGGCCAUAUUGAAAAAUAAGAUUUGAUGUAACCUAAACUAGUAGCUGCUUUAAAAAAAUAUAGAGUUUUAGAUGUAAGCUGUGGGCAACACUUUACAGUUGCAUUGACAGUAAGUAGAGAGAGUAAGUUAGAUAGUGAUUUCUCAAAAAGAUUUAAAGAUAUUACUUUGAAUGAUGCAAAGAGAAAUAUAAAUAUUUUAUAAUCGUAUUAGAAAUAAAAAAUAAAACUCAUUGAUUUAUCUUAGUCCUCUUUAUCUCAUUAAGGAUCAAACUUAAUAGAUUAAAUAAAUUCUUAACUUCCUGAUUUUGUCAUUUAGUCUCCAAUAAACGAUACAAAAAUAGAAAACAAAGACUUUGCUGGAUAAAUAACUAAUAAAAAUAAAUCCAGAAAGUAAUCGUUGAAUUAGUAGUCAUAAAUUAAAGGAAUUACAGGAGAUUUUUCAUCAAAGAUUCUUCAAUAUCAAUAACAAGAAAGUAGAAAAUCCUCUAUUAAAAACUAAGCUUUACAAUAAUUUGCUAAUCUAGAAUCUUAAUUUUAAAACACAACACCUAAACAUAAUAAAAAUUAUUAUUCAUCAGGUGGCUUAAUAGAUUAAAAAACAAAAAAUUAAAUGGGAAACUUUUAAAGUGCUCAGAUAAAUUUCCCAAGUUCAACUAAAAAAACUAAUUAAGCAGGUUAUAUAUCUGAAAAUAUUAUUAAUGAAUUUGGUUUGAAUAAGAACACAAAGAGUCAAUAAAGUAAUACUAAGUAAAGUGAUGUUAGGAGAUCUUCUAUACCCAAGAAUUCCUUUUUUUAAAAUUCAAUAAGUCAAAAGAUCGAUGUUCAAUCUAAUGAAAGAGACAAGUUUAAAAGUUCAAUUCAAAAUAAUCAAGUUGCUUUAAGUAGCUAGCCUUAAUCUAAUAGAAGAAUAAAAAUACUAACUCCAAAAUCUGAUUUAACUUAAGCUAUGUAGGGACUAUCAAUUGCAGUGACUUAAGCACAUAAGAGUAACCAGGCAAGUCUUUAAUAAGGAGAAUAAGAUCUUGAUAAUUCAUAAGCCAUUUCUAUUAGAGAUUAGAAUAAAUAAUUCUCAAUAACAGAAUUUGACGAAACAGAAUCCUUCAAUAAUAAAAUCUAAGAUAUUAGCCAAACUAAGUAUAUCUAGCAGAGUAACUUGCAAAUCGAAUCUCCAUCUAAAGGCUUGCAAGCUCAAACACCUAAAAGAGAUAAUACUAAAUUUAGUACAACUUCUAAAGAAUUCUCUAAUCAAAGUAAAUAACAAUACAACCUAGACUUACUUAAUUAGCCAACUAAAAAUGAUUUGAAUACAAUUAGCAAUUUUGAUGAUAACAAAGAUGAAUUUAUGUCUAUGUAAAUUGAAUAAAAAAUGAAAGGAAGCUAAUAUAGUGUUAUCGAUAUUUUGAAAAAGCACAACAAACACGAAAUUUAGAUUAUUAGUAACAUAGGAAAUUUGAAUUAAAAAGAUGUUGCUUAUUUGUAGUUUGACAAAGUCAGCUCAAACUUGUUUUAACUCGAGGAAAAUGACCCUACUUAUCUUCCAAUUUAAUAGCAAACCGAGGAUGAAUAAGAUGAAUUUUGGUAAAAGUUUGAUGAAGAAAAUAAGGCCACAACAACAUCAACUACGUCUUAUGCAAAAACAUAAAACAUAAAAUCUAUAAAUGAUAUUAUUCUUCCAAAAGUUAAAGCUCCUCCUAAAUUAAAAAGUAAAAUAAAAAAGACAAGUCAAGUGAGUGAUUUUUAGAUGGAUGAUUUUAAUGUUAAUAAUUCUCAAAAAAGAAAGAAUUAAUAAAUUCAAAGCGAAGUUCUAAAAUAUGAAUACAUAGAAAUUGUUAAAUAAAAAAGAGAAACAGAGCAUCUUAUGUAUUUGUUAUAAGACCCUUAAUCAAGAAGUAAUUUAACAAAAAUGAAGAUCAAAGAGAUACAGGAGUCUAUUAAAGAAGAUAAAACUGAAUCAAAGAGUUAAUAAAAGCUAAAAUAAGAUAUUGAAUAGGAAAUGUAGCCUGUUAUUUUUAUUAGCAUGAAAGAUCACCUAUAAAAAAUUAAUGAAACUAAAAAAAGAAACAGGAAAUUACUUGCUUAGAGUGAUACUUUUGAUAAAACUAAGUUAGUUUCAGAUAUUAAAAGGUAGCCCUCACCUAACAAGGAGCAAAUUUUGCAGUAGAUAAAAGAAAGAGGAUUGCGUUUAACAUAGUAAAUUUAGUUAGCAAAUAUAAAAAAGGAAAAGCUUUUUGAAGAGAAAGUUCAGAGACUGAAAGAAGAUUAAAAGAAGAAAGAAAGAAUGCUUGCAAGCAUUCAGGCUUUAGAAUUAAAUAAAAGGAGAGAUUAUAAUAGGAAAAUUUACAAGCUAAUGGUUUACUUAAAUGCAGAGAGAAUAUUGUAAUUCAUAUAAUAAACAGCUAUUGAGGCUAUUACAUACAGGAGAAACAUGUUUAAAAUACAUAUGAAAGUCAGAGUAAUUCAAAAUGCUUUCAGAAAAUAUCUAAUUCACAAACAUGUCAUGCAAAAAAUGAAUUAAAAAGUUGAGAUUUUCUUUAAAGAUGUUAUUUUUAAGUAUAAAAUAAAAAAAAAUAUUAAAAGAAAAAGAAAAGCUUGCAAAUAAAUUCUUAUGCACCUAUUUCUUAAAUCCUUAACCUAAAAAAUUAAAUACUAGCUAAUGGUUAUCCGCCGCUCAAUAAAAAAUAUAUAAAAAUUUGCUGUUUGGACUAUGAAGUAGACUUCAUGGCAAAUAUCCUAAAUAAGCUAAUAAUGGGAUUUGUAUGUUUCAAACAUGUUCAAAAUUACUGACCCAGAGGUUUUGGCUUUAGCAAGAAGAGGAUUGCAAAAUUAAGGUGAGUCUAAAAGCCCAAGGGUAUAAUUAUCAGCUAUUAAUAGCAUAUCUGGAGUAGCUGAUCAGCUUAUGUAAUAUUCACCAUAAGUAUCAUAGAAACAAAAAGUUGAUAUUGACAAUAAUGCUUUUAUCAGCUUCAAAGAAUUUAAAAAUUAUAUUAGUUUAAAAAAAAGAGUGGGAGUUAUGAAUUAGAGAUUAGGAAAUUAAAAACACGAAAAAGAGGAAUUCAAAGUUAUUCCUAACUUUAUUCCAACUACAUUUGAAAUGAGAAAUUCAGUCGUGCAUCAGACACUGACUAAAAUGCUUACAGUUGCAGAUAAAAUUUAACAGUAUAUGAGCUUUGAUCACUAAAACGACUCUCAGAAUUUAAAUAAAACCAAAAGCCAAGAUUAAUUUGAUAUUUUUUUACCUUUCACCGUUCACAAUUCUAAAAUUAUACUUGGAUAAGCAUUUCGUAUUAAAUAUGAGAGCGAGCAUAUUCAUCAAAAAAUUUAUCUGAGAGUAAUUGAAGAAGAAAUAAGGAUUAAAUAUGAUUUGAUUAAAAAUCAUAUCCAUUAAUAGAGGAAAUAAUAUUGUGAUCUUGUUAAGGUUUAUAAGCAGGAUUUAAUAAAAUUUAUUGAAAAAAAUAAGUAAGAAGUGAAUCUUGAAAGAACAUAACUUAUGCUCAAGAUGAGUCCAAUAAAAUUAAAGCAUUUUUAACUUCAAGAAGAAUAUUUAUACAAUCUUCAAGAAAGAAGAAGAAAGAAAGGAGCAAAACAAUAGCUUAUAUUUUCCAAAGACCAUCUCCCAUUUUCUAGCAUUCUAAUGGAAAUAGCUUCAAAAAUGCCAAAUGCUCCUUAGAGACCAAAGCUAAAAAUAAAAUUCACUAUGAAAAUGUUUGAAGAAGUUUAUUUUAAGAGCUACUAUGAACAAUUUGUAAGCACCUAUACAAGAUUUGCAGUAGAACAGAGAAUAAAAACUCUUUCUUAUAACCAGAAGAACAAAAGCAAAUCUGAUAAACUUUACAAAAAAGAUGAAUUAAAUGAAGACCAAUGA